GUUAUCUGAGUGGCCAUAUGCUCUUAAAGAAAGUUAUUGGAGACAUAAAAUAUCAUCUUUAAUCACUAAUAUUAAUGAUGAAGAUAUAUCAAAAGCUACUUAUUUUCUCCUUUCUAUAGAAAAUGUUACUGGAACUAGUGUAAUAGAGGAAUUUUUAAAAGUUCUUCGAAAUAAAAAUACAUCAUCACAUGUGUUCAUUAAUAUUUUGUUCAAUUUUUACAACGAAAAAUGGAUUUUGGGUAUAGAAGAGGUAAAUGAAAUAAAAAACAUCAAGAUUGAAGAUUGGAUCAAAAAAAUGGAUGAGAAAUUUUUCGUUAACGAAAGAGAACGCAAUGUAACCCAAUUAAACAAAUUAAUAAGAAAGAAUGCUAAUACGUCAAAAGGAAUUUGUGAAAUAUUGUCAAAAAUUGAAAAACUAAUAUUGCUUCCUACUGAUUUUUCAAAUAAUUUUGAAGAAAGCCAUAUUCAGAAUUGGGCAAAGAAAGCCAAAGGUAGUGCUAUUCUUGAAAAUAUUCAAGAUGUAGUAGCAGUAAUCGAUCGAGCAAUACAAUUGAAAAGAAAGUUCAAGCUUCGUGAUACACAAAAAUUAGCUGUAAUAACUUUAUUAUUGAAUAAACGUAAUACAUUAGCACAAGUUUGUACUGGUGAAGGUAAAUCUUUAAUUGUUGUAGCAAUAUCGAUUGCCAAAGCACUUUGUAACCAAAAAGUCGAUAUCAUAACCAGUUCUUCUGUUUUGGCAAAACGAGACGCUGAAGAAAAUAAAGAUAUUUAUAGCCUAUUUAAUAUUAGUGUAUCACAUAAUUGCAAUGAGGAUAUCGAAAUAAGGAAAAAAUCCUAUUGGAGUAAUGUGGUAUAUGGAGAUUUAUCUAAUUUUCAACGGGACUAUUUGCUACAUGAAUUUUAUCAAAAAAAUAUUCUGGGUGAUCGUGCUCGUGAAAACAUCAUCGUUGACGAAGUAGACAGCAUGUUGCUUGAUAAAGGUAAUAACAUGCUAUAUUUAUCACAUGACAUGCCAGAUUUUGAUAAACUAGAGUCGGUUUACGUUUAUAUUUGGCAAUGGGUUAAUAAACCAGCAAGUUCUUAUAGUGAACUGUCCAAUGUAUUUAACGUAAAAGUAAUAAAAAAAGCAAUUUUAUCUCAAUUAUAUGAUGCAGUCAAAAGAGACGAUAUAAAGAAAUUUGAUUCUAAACUAAGUCAAGAACAAAUACAAGUUAUUUGGGAACGGCUUCUGAGAGUUGAAAUAUUAGAUCAUCAUGGUGUAAUUAUUAAGGAAAAUGUUACUCAGAAAAAUUUUAUUAAUGCCUUUUCUACUGAAUUUGAAUGCUAUACCGAAUGUGCGUAUUAUUUUUUUAAGGAAUUUUUGGAAAGAGAAAAACAAGUUCGACUCCCAAAUUAUUUAAAACCAUUUGUGGAAGAACAUCUUGAGACUUGGAUUUCCAGUGCCAUCACAGCAUUUUUUAUGAAACCUGGACAGGAUUACGUUGUCGAUGUAGAUAGAACAAAAAUGAACCCUGAUCGUAAUCCUAAUAUUACCAUAAUUGAUAGGGAUACGGGAACAGAUCAAUCAAAUUCACAAUGGGAUGAAGCGUUGCAUCAAUUUUUACAGCUUAAACACGGAUGUAAACUAUCGCUACAAAAUUUAAAAGCAGUUUUUAUCUCGAACGUAUCCUUCUUUAAAAUGUAUAAAAAACUUUAUGGGAUGACAGGAACUUUAGGAUCACAAAGAGAAAAGGAUUUUCUGCAAGAGUUACAUGACGUUGAUUUCGUUAUUAUUCCCACAGCCAGAUCAAAACAGUUUGUUAAAAGUGAACAUAUCGUUUGUUCAACCAAAGAAGAGUGGAUAAAUUCUAUUUAUAAACAAACAAAAUCCAUUGUGGAAAACGAAAAUCGAUCGGUUUUGAUAAUUUGUGAGACUGUGAAUGAUGUUGAUUCUUUAUACAACUUUAUUGGGAAAAAAACUAAGAAUAAAAUUUAUACAUAUACACGAGAUUAUGAAGAGUUUAAUAUUGCUCAAGGAAAUCAAGAAUUAGAACAAAAUCAAAUUAUUAUUGCAACAAAUUUAGCUGGUCGAGGAACAGAUAUAAAACUAAAAGAGAAAUUAAAAGAGGCAGGAGGGUUGCAUGUUUGUUUAACUUACUUACCCAAAAAUGUUCGCAUAGAAGAACAAGCUUUUGGUCGGGCAGGAAGAUGUGGCGAUAAAGGCUCAGGCCAAUUGAUUGUUAAAACUGCGACACAAGAAAACUUAAAUAAUUCCAAAAUAUUUGCUUUAAAGGCUGAACGUAACGCAGAAGAAUUGCAUCAUAUAUCAGAAGUUAAAGCUUAUUAUGAAACUCAAAUUAUUACUGAAGAAAAUUGCUUUAAAAAUUUCAAAGAGGAAUAUAUUCAGUUGAAUAAAUCAUUAUCCAUUGCCUUGGAAGAUAAAUCGGUGGUUGAAGAAAUCGAAAAUGUAGCAGUUAAUGUUGCUAAUACUCUGGGUCUCACUGAAAUGCCAAAUAAAUAUGAUUUGAAAAAUCUGAAAUACAAAAAUGAACUUAGAGAGCUUCUUCUACAAAGCUGUUUGGACAAGUGGGCAUUCUGGCUCAAUAAACAUAGUUUGCAGAUAAAAACAUUAAAAAAUAGUGAAGUAACAAUAUUUUUUAACAAUUCGUUGAGAGAAUUUCUUCAAUGUUUAAGAAAUUUAAAAUGCGAUAGUGUUCAAAACUUACAAGAUUGGGUAAGCGAUAGUCCGGUUAAAAUGAUUAAACUUGCAAAGUUUUUUACUCGUAAUGAAAAAUUUGGCGAAAGUAUAAAUUUACUCAAUAAUAUAAUCAAACAAGAGCCAAGCUUUUCCGAGGCGGCACAUUAUUAUAAAGCAUAUACAAUUGCCAAACAAAUUGAUUGGGAGUCUUCGGCAGAAAAAAAUAAGAAAAGUGUUAAAGAAUUCAAAAAUGAAUUACGUGAAGCUGCGAAACUUUUCGAUGAAAAUUGUAAAUUCUUUAUGUAUUACGCUGGAGUAAUUGGUAAAGUAAAAAAUAAGAGUAAAGGCAUUGUUCAAAUUAAUGCAUAUGAAGAACAAAAAAACAAGCAAGUCGCUUUAUAUCAACUUUUUUCAAGUUCCAUUGAUGAAAUUUUUGGUAAGUUUAUAACUUUGCAACAAUUUCAUGAAAUAACUGAUGAGAAAUCAUCCAAAUGUAUACAUGAAGAACUAAUUAAAGAAAAUAUUUUAAAAAAGCCACAUGUAAAAAAAAAUAUUUCCGAAAAGGAAAUUGCAAACAUCUCCGUAGGUUAUGGAAUAUCAGCAAGAAAGCUGAAUGAUUUUCUUUUAAAAUGUAAAAAUAUUAGCAGUGAAGAAAAAUUUGAAAAAAUGUUAAAGGAAGAAAUAAGGUUACCUAAUAAGGAAGAAUUUUGGGAAUUUCUAUUAAAGGAAAAUAUUCUAAGAGAUGAAUCCAAAUAUAUUGUACUAAAUAAGAAAAAGUUUGAUGAACUGGAUCCAACAUUAACUGACGAAAAAAAUAAAAGCAACUUAAUGAAAGAAAAAAUUAACUUUGAAGACGGAAUCGUAUUUUUUGAUGUAGAAAAAGCAGUUACAUUUGCUCAAGUCGACUUCGAAAUUUUCAAGAAAGACUGUUUUUUAAAGUUUAUUGAAGCAAAUGUGUAUGAAAAACUUGAAAAGGAUGGAGUGAUAAAUCUUGCGAAGGCUGCAAUGAUUGAUUUAAGUAAUAUUGAUUCUAUAAACUUUCCUUCUUUCGAUUUUAUCACAUUAGAAGAUUUUGCUAAAGUAGAUAUUAAACGAAAUGAGGCAGAAAAAAUUUUACUAGAACUUGUAGAAAACAAUAUUCUUAAAAUAAAAAAUGCCGGAGAAAGUACAAUGUAUAAACUGGAAAUAAAAUAUGAUGAGAUUGAAAACAUUCACUUAAAUAGUUCUGUCUAUGAAAAUUCUGUUCAAGAACUUUUACGUGCGUGCUUUACUUAUAGAAUUGCUUUCCAAAAACUUAUAAAACAAAAAAAAGAAAACAAUUCUUGUAUUUGGAUAAAUCUAGCUAGUAAUCCCUAUAGUGAACUCUUAGCUAAACUUUUGGAAGCAAGGCUUUUUAAAUUAGCUACUGUUUUGAGAACAAAAAAAUCUUUAAAUGAAGAAAUUAAAACUAUUUUAAACAAUUUGAAAAAUCGCAAUCUUAUUGAUGAAAAAUUAUGUAAAGAAGACAUUAUUAACAACGUAACCAAAAUUUUAGAGAGUGUAAGAAGUUCAUUGAAGGCAUAUAAAGUUCCCGAAUUUAAUUUAAAAGAAUUGACAAAGUUUUUUGAUCAAGGCGAUUUUUCAAAUGUAGAAGAAAUGGAAAAUUUCUUUUUGAAUGGAUUAAACGAUGUAAUACAACUAGAAGAGAAAAAAUGGACUCGAGAAAUGAUUUUCAAUACUCUUAUAGUAAUAUCACUAGGAAUCAGCCAAAUAAUUAUAGGUUCAAUAAUAGAAUUAUACUUCGGUGGUUUUGCAACUCACUUGGCAUCUGGUGUUAUUAGCGAGGGCAUAAGCGACAUUAUGUUUGCUGCUGGCGCUUUAAAAUCAGGUUAUUUUAAUUGGAAAGAUUAUGGAACUCACAAACUUCAGAGUAUAGCGUUCACAGCUGCCACUAUAGGUGUAGGUGCAAUUUUUUCCGCUGGCACAAAAGUUUCACGGUAUGGACGCAAAUUGGCUGGUCCGGAUAUUACUAUAAAAGGAAAAAAAGUUGCAGAAAUGUAUGGUUCAGAACUUAUUAAAGCUGUGGGUUUAAAAUCUGUAGGAGUUGCCGUAACUAAGCGCAUUAUGCUAAAAACUUUUCAAGGUAUCACAUUUAGCUUGGCUAAUGCUGGGAUUGAUUAUGUAAUUGAAAACAAUUUGCGAACAUAUUGCAAACGGCUAGCUUUUGAUAUUUUAUCAGACACGAAAAACAAAAUAGACAAUCAUAAAAUUUCUGCCAGUAUAAAAGAAUUGUUCGAUACAUUUGGUGAAAACAAAGCGAAUGAAAUUUUAAGACAAGUAUUAGAUUCUCAUUUAAAAAAAAAAGAUUUCACUGAAACUUUAUUAUCUACAUACAACAAAGCUGCAGAAAGUUUAGUUCGUGGAAUUGGGGAAGGAUUCAAAAAAUUGAACGAAAGAGAUGAUGAUUUCAUGUUUACUAUCACCAUUUUAACAAAAGCUUUACGUUGGACAGAACGUGGGUAUCAUAUUAUGAAAAUAUCUCAAGUAACUAUUGAUUCUUUAAAUGCCAUAGACAUACAAAUUAGAGAAAAAAUUAAUAGUAAAUCAAAAAUAAAAACUGACAAAAAUCCCAAAUGCGAGAUGGAAGGGAAUGAAAAAGAUUUUGAAACAUUUAAAAAAAAUGCAAAUGAUCAGUUAAAAGCAGUAAUUUGUGGAAAAAUGGAGCAGUUCAUAGAAGAACACAUUGUCAAACCUGUUAUUACUAAAGGAACCCAUAAAUUAAUUACUUAUGCUGGGGAAAAAUUGAAAGAGGCAUACAGAUAUUACAAAGAAAGUGAAUAUUUUAAUCGUUAUAAAAAUCUUAAAAACGAUUAUGAAAAAGAAUUGCAAAAUAAUGAAAAAUCUGGGGACGAUUCUGACGUUAAAAAUCACAUUACAAAGAAAUAUCAUAAAAGUUUACGAGAACUGGCUAUUAAAACUAAAAAUCCAAAAUUAUUUGCUGCCAUAGUUCGAGAAAAUGUUGAAAUGGAUAUAACUUGCGUUGGCGCAUGUGCUAAAGUAGUAACUAAAAUACUAAAAAAUCAAGGAAUCAAUAAGAAUAUAACUGUUGUUGUUGAAACAGAAAAUGGUGUACAACAAACUUUUUCAACAUCAAAUGAAGGUGAAACUCAAAUUAUUAAACUAAAUAUUAAAGAUAAUCAUUUUACUCUUUCUGAAAAUAAUAAUGCAUCAAGUAAUAUAGACGAUUCUUCAUUGAAUAACUGCUUGUAUGAAGCGUUAGUACAAGCCGUACCUCAGCUCAGAGGUAUAAGCAGCCAAGAUUUUAGGAACGCAGUUGCAGAUCAUAUUGAAAAAGACCCUGAAAUACAAUACCACAUUCAACAAAAUUGGCAUUCGGUUCCUUUGCAACUAGGCGCGUUUGGUGGAGAAAAAAAAAGAAGAAAAUCUUGCGAAGUUAGUGAUCCAGAAUCAUCACCAACAUCUGUCGAUGAACUUGGAAUAAAACAUGUUGAUACUCACUUUGUAGAUCGUUUCUUACGUAUGGUGCGUGUAGACGGGAUAAUUCAAAGAAUUUCUGAAGACCCAAACGUAUCGUUAGAAAGAAAUGAUAUCGUCAAAGGGGGUCGGAGUAAAACUCAAGAUCGUUCAGGUUCAGUAGAAUUCCCAGCUGCUCACGUGGUUAGAGGUCAAGUUUCUGAACUUUUGAAGAAACACGAAAAACAUUCUCAAGAACUUAACAACAUUUUGGGUCAUACUCAAAUAGUACCACAGUAUGGGAAUGAUUGGCACGGUAUUGGCGGAGUUAUUGACAGAUAUCAAGAAAACCACUUCAACAACCAAAAUCAGUAUAAAUGUGACUUCAGCAAAUCCGCUUUGGAAAAUUAUGAAAAUAUACAAGGAAUGCGAACAUCUUAUUUAGACGUUUUAGAAGAGAGUUAUAACUCAGAAAAAUUUUCAUUUAAACAAAAACAACAAUUUAAAAGUGCAAUAAGUACAAUCAGAAGUUUUUCUCCAGAGGAAAUUUUUAGACAGGGGCAAAUGGGAUAUUACCAAUCAGAAGGAGCUGAUGUGUAUUCAAAAACUUCUUCAAAACGAAAAAGGAGGAAAAUGUAA